UCUAUAGGCGAUACAAUGUUGCGCAAACCAUAAACUCUGUCCGGCCCUUUUUUAGAUGGCAGGAUAAAUACACAGCAGGCAACUUGAAGGAACUCUGAUUGCUUUUACUAUCAUUUUUACAUCGCAAACAAUGGAAAUGAUGUAUGAUAAAAGAGAACUACCGCAUCCUUGCAAAUGGGUUCCAGUAUGAAACAGUCCAAAACGAGGUUCCGGGUCCUGUUCCAUGGAAAUUCCCUAAAUUUACAUUGAUCGGUUUCUUGCGCUUGAUGGUUGAAAUCGUUCAAAGGGGUCUUCCAGUAAAGAGCACGUGACUUCUCACGAUUUUUCGGUCCUGUUCUUGUAAUUCAAUACAGAGCCAAAAUAUAAUGUGAGACAACUGACCGCUGCGCCUGUUGAAGAGUUGGGCUGUGUGCAUGUGGGGACUGGACAUUUGGACAUCAGACACUGACCACAAGGAAUACCGACAUUUUUCUACGUCUUUCUAGGAAUGAAACAUUAGUUUAAUAUAAAAUGUGUGAAAUAAUAUUUAGUCGGAUUUUUCUUGGGUUUCCGUUACUUCUCUGGAUGGCAGGUGGGCCUACACAUGCCGCCUGUCCUAUUGAGCUCAGCCCUCUCACAUUGGUGGUGAGAUAUGGAGACUCAGUCUCAGUCAACUGCAGCACAUCAUCCACAGACUAUGAGGGGAUGGGCUGGGAGGCCACAUCAGGAGGUACAGCUUUAGAAGAGGUCAACUAUGUCAUCUGGAAUGUGGAGAAUUUGACAGACUGGACAAUACAACCGGCAUGCUACCUCACACAAAAAGAUGGAGAGCAGUGUAUGGAAAAGUUCCCUGUCAUUCUAUACAAGACUCCAGACAGCGUCUCCGUCUCUCCUCAGAGCCACUCUGGUCCCAUGGUGGAGGGGACAGAGUACCAGCUGCAGUGUGACAUCCAGAACGUCGCUCCUUUACGGAGCCUGGUUGUGAGGUGGUACAAAGGGAAUGAACCUGUAAAAACUGAAACAUUUCAUAACUCCACGAGGAUCCCAGUGGAUGUGUUCUCCACGCUUAACAUCACCCCCAGGAGAUUUGAGGAUGAAGUAAAGUACAGAUGUGAGGCAGAGCUGGACCUGGGACCGAAGGGACCAUUAGCUUCUGUCCUCUCAUCACAGACUCUUCAUUUUGCUGUUUACUUCCCACCACAGAACAUUCUGGAGCUGAGGGACACAGAAGUUGAUGUUGGUUCCCCUACUGGGCUGAAUUGCUCCUCAGAUGGGAACCCCCGGCCAGAGUACUCCUGGACUUAUCACCGGGCUCCCAACGUGAAAUUGAAGAACAAUGAUGGGGGGUCCCUACUGACCAUCGAGCAGACCACAGGGGAGAACAUUGGGACUUACACAUGCCACGCCAGUAAUACCCUGGGAAAGGUCUUUAAAAUAGCCAGGGUCUCUGUCAGAGGAGCGGAGCCGGUAUGUCCUAUCAAACUAAUCCCUGAGAGUGUGGUGGUGAAAUAUGGAUCUCCAAUCUCAGUGUCGUGCAGAAACACAACCAGUGUUGAAGAGAUCUACUGGACCACAGGUCCAGAAGUUGUCAAUGACACUACCUGGAGUGUUUUGGAACUCCUAGACUGGGACAUAAGGCCUGGUUGUAAGGCAACCUUUCAGGGGAUUGGAAGAUGCAGUAAGCCUCUGCACAUCACAGUAUACAAGACUCCAGACAGCGUCUCCAUCUCUGUUCUGAGACACUCUGGUCCCAUGGUGGAGGGGACACAGUACCAGCUGCAGUGUGACAUCCAGAACAUCGCUCCUCUACAGAACCUGGUUGUGAAGUGGUACAAAGGGAAUGAACCCUUAGAUAAUGUAACUUACAGUACUGUCAGUACGACACCAGUGGAUGUGUCAGAUACUCUGAUGAUCAGCCCCAGUAGAGAUGAUGAUGGAGCUCAGUAUAGAUGUAGAGCAGAACUGGACCUGGGACCAGCGGGACCACAGCAUAGAGUGACAUCAGAACCUCUCAGCAUUACUGUACACUAUAAGCCAUGCAUCAAUGCAUCUCGACUGCCAGUGAGGAUACCUGUGUUCAGGGGCUAUCCUGAGGAGUUAGUGUGUGAGGCUGAGGGUUACCCACAGCCCAGGAUAAAGUGGGUCUAUGACCCAGCGAAGCAUGUCAGUGAGGCGGGAGGCAACCUGACUGUCUUUGAGGCAGGGCUCUACAACUGCACCGCCACCAACGACGUGGCGACGAGCUUCAUUGUGGUAGAGGUGGUUUUAAAUGAGGACUACCUGCCCCUCAUAGCGGGCUUCGUGGCCUUCAUGGUCGUGGUCAUCUCGGUCAUCUUCGUCUUCAUCUACUCCAUCUACUACAAGAACACCAAGAUGGGCCGCUACAGCCUGAAGAAGGCCAAGCUCAGCAGCACGCCCAACGGCAACGUAGCGCAGAACGGCGGCCGGGACACUCCGCUCCCGAUGACUAAACUGUCUCAGCCAAACAUCAACUUUUAAGAGAACGAGCUUUAUUGGGAUGAGCCCUUCUUUCCCCGCUGAGAGACUAAGUGACUAAGUGAGAGACCAAGUGGUUGAGGUGGUUGCGGGGCUGGUCACAACUCAUUCAGCUGUCAGAUGCAGGUCUGGAUUGUAAUAGUUGGGAGUGUCUCCUGACUCUCCUCCAACCUCCCUAUGCUUCAUAUGCACUCCCUUUCCACUUUAGCACUAAGAUUUUAAGUACAGAUCAGUCCCUCUAUUUCCUCUUCUACUGAAGUACCUGAUGAGGUAGAAUAACCUCUGUUUUUAGUGUGAGCUUUAUGAUCUAUUCUACACAUUCAAAGUGUAGCUGAUGUUUUCUCUGAAGGACAAGAAGAAGUAGCAGCGAAUGGACAAGUUGAAAUCCCUCUUUGGAAAUUGGCUUAAUUGAAAUGUAUUUUUUAUAUGACUGGUUUUGGAAAAACUGGUUUGUAUUGCAUAAGCACCAACAAGGAAAUUGUUAUGUCAUUUUGAAUGUCUUUUUUUAGUUUGGUCUGAUGACAAUGUAAUUGCUGUCAUAUAAUGCAAUUGCUUGAAGAGCAGCACACAAUUGGAAUUGUGAGAAUGUUCCCUUUGCCUGGAUGUGAUGUCUUGCUCAUGACAAGAAGCUUCAGAGUGUAACCUGCAGUACAGUGGAGGCUGCUGAGGGGAGGACGGCUCAUAAUAAUGGCUGGAACGCCGUGAAUGGAAUGGCAUCAAACACAUGGAAACCAUGUUUGGUGUAUUUGAUACCAUUCCACUAAUUCCACUCCAGCCAUUACCACGAGCCCGUCCUCCCCAAUUAAGGUGCUACCAACCUCCUGUGCUACAGUAUAUGCACACAACUUAUUUAGGUUGUGAGCACAAUGAUCACUGAAACCAAUUAAUAUAGCCUACAUGUGAAAAGUAUUAUUUCCCCAGAGUGUGAAUUAUUCCGUGACAUUCAGGGGUCUUUAUUUUUUUCGACUUCCUAAAAAAAGAAAAUUGGUGAGGGAGCCCAAUAGUAAAGAUAUAUUUUUACAGUAAACAUGUGUUACCUUUUAAUGUGGCAUGAACACUAACAGUCAUGAUGUUUUCAUCUGAUUCUCAAACAAAUCACUUCAAAAAUUAUUAAGUUACCUGUGCACUUUUGUCCACAAAAUAAUUCCAGCUUCCAAACAGUGCACCCUCCAUUUCACCAAGGGAAAGAGACAUCUGUUACAAAAGACCAAACAGUGUACUGACAUUCAGUGAUUGUAAGGAAGCCUACACUCUUGUAGCCUGAAUUCAUUGAUGAGUCUUGCUGACAAAUGUACAUAAAAAAAAAUUCUGGACACCUGAAAAGGGGCUGAAAUACGGGAUACAACUACAGCUGUCUGUCCCAAGCUCAUGUGAGGGCCCAGUUGAAACAAUGUUGCAAAGCUCAAAACAGACAUCAGAGAGGCAGACAGGUGGAGAAUGAAUGCGAUUGAAAGAACCUGAACCAGGUUAAACCAGUGGUGAGCUCAUUUAGGGGAGCUCAUGUCUCAUGUCUCGCUACUCUGUUACUACUCUACACUUCCACUGCAUCUGGAGUGUUCAGUGUUUUAACUGCAUCACUGUAAUGUGAGUUCUGAAGGUGUGGAAGGGGCAGUUGGUGUGUGGUUGCCUCUUCCUGUAAGCAGAUUGAAUCAAGCCAUUCUUAUCAAAUGCAGGAGUCAAGAGAAAGCCUGGAGCUCAAGAGUAAUGUCAAUACUUUUUAGGUCCCACUGCACAUUGUGGCCUAAAACCUUUGUAGUUACAUGGUAGUUACAUUGUUACAUAGUCCUUACAGCUGUUAUACCGGUUUGUUAUACAGUUACAGGUAUGUAACACUUUGUAAUUACAUGGUAGUUACAUUGUUACAUAGUACUUACAGCUGUUAUACCGGUUUGUUAUACAGUUACAGGCAUGUAACAUUUUGUAAUUACAUGGGUUUGUAAUACAGUUACAGGUAUGUAACACUUUGUAGUUACAUGGUAGUUACAUUGUUACAUAGUCCUUACAGCUGUUAUACCGGUUUGUUAUACAGUUACAAGUAUGUAACACUUUGUAAUUACAUGGUAGUUACAUUGUUACAUAGUACUUACAGCUGUUAUACCGGUUUGUUAUACAGUUACAGGCAUGUAACACUUUGUAAUUACAUGAGUUUGUUAUACAGUUACAAGUAUGUAACACUUUGUAAUUACAUGGUAGUUACAUUGUUGCAUAGUACUUACAGCUGUUUUACCGGUUUGUUAUACAGUUACAGGUAUGUAACACUUUGUAAUUACAAGGUGCCCAUAUACACUCACCGGACAGUUUAUUAGGUACACCACCCAAUUCACGAAAAUGUAUCACUCCUACAGACAGUUAGUCAUCUGGCCGUGGCUUGCUAUAUAAAUCAGGCAGACGGGCAUCAAAGCAUAUAAUUAAUGUUCGAUUGAACGUUAAAAUGGGAAAAACGAGUGACCUAAACGACUUUGAGCAUGGCACACCAAAUCCAGUAUCUCAGAAACGAGCGCCCACGACCCAUCCUGCCUGGUGUCAACAGUACAGGCUGGUGACGGUGGUGUAUCACCGUCCAAACUGCAGCAACUGCGUGAUGCCACCGUGUCAGCAUGGACCAACAUCCCUGUGGAACAUUUUGACUUGUAGAAUCCAUGUCCCGAAUAAUUCAGGCUGUUCUGGAGGCAAAGUGGGUCUGACUCGGAACUAGAUGGGUGUACCUAAUAGACUGGCCAAUGAGUGUAUGUAACUGCAAUGUAAAUGCAUACGUUUUAUGCUACUUCAUGUAAACUCAAAGCCUUUUGUGUAUGUAAUAUAAAAUAUAGAACUGUAUAUUUAAUAAAGUCUGUAAAAAUGAGUGCCUCUACAUUUAAGGGCCCAUAGAGUAUGUGGAGAAUAGAUUUGCAAAGGGGGGGGGGGGCUUAUAGGGAACAAGAGAACAAUUAAUAUUGUACAAAGGGAUGGUCAGUGUAGAUUUUCUACCAAUAUUGGUCCUCUGGUUGUUAGGAGAGUGAGUUUCUCCCCUGAUCCCCUUUCACCACAGUAUGUAGUCUACACAAACUUCUGUGGAGAUCUUUUGUUUCACAAUCCUCUCAUGUAAAUACUCCUGAGUUAAGAAAUUCAUUUGUAUUAAUCUAUUGUAUAAUAUUGCUUUGAGUUAUCAUUAAAAUAUUGAGUUUUUUAUGAUGAUAA